AUGCCGAAAGAUGUUUUAAUCGAGAUUUUUGCACGAGUUAGUUCUCAAACUGUCAGUGACAUCUACAAUGUCCAACUAACCUAUAUUUCCAACAUCAAACUGAGCUGCAAGGAGUUUCUUCGUGUUACAGAACAUGAUUAUGUGUAUCAUAAUUCAUCAUUGGACAAAUUUGCGUUGGAACCCCUAGAAUGGAUCAAUACAGAAAAACCAUUUCGUCAUUAUGUAGAGCUUCUUUGUCCAAAUGAAGAAGGAUCUUUGAAUGUGAGAAAGGUAUUCAAGUGGAAAUUGUCCCCGGAACAGAGGUUCAACAAAGAACGACAUGCAUAUUUCUUGAGGCGUUGCAAGGAAAGUAGCAACCCUGAAAUUAUGUACUGUGAAGGAAUGUUUGAAUAUUUCAGAGAAACAUCAAGUUCAAAUUCCAUCGCCUUGGCUUUUGAAAACUUGAAGACUGCUGCUCUAAAUGGUCAUGAUGAUGCCAUAAACCAUGUCAAAUCUAUGAUACGAUCUAUGUGGGUGCAUAGAGAAGUUGUUGCAAAACAUAACUUAUCCUUCUUCCAUUCUAGCAGAUGCAAACUGCUCAAAGUUUUAAUUCAACAGUCGCUGUGGAUAUUGGACGAAGAUAUCGAUGAUUAUGGAAUUGAAUGGGAAAAUUGCAAAGCAGAUGUUGAACUAAAAGUUUUCUGUAGGAUGAUAAUGGUUUAA